GAAUCUACAUGUGAAGAAUAAAUGAUGAUCAAUGUUAUCCAUACCUAGCUAUUGACUCCGGUACACAACUUUCGUUGUCACCCAUCGCAUGUGGAUUGGAUCGAUGUUCACCCCAUGGCCGCUCAAAUUGGCUUUUGAUGGCCUAAGCAGCGACGGGAUGAUGAUGAACAUGCGCAUUUUGUUAUGGUUGAAAAGAAAAAUGCAAGCAUCCAAUUUUGCAGGCAGAACCCACCUUAGAGAGGUUAAGACUUGAUCGUUAUUGUAUCCAAUUUUGCAGGCAAUAGAUAUAUGCAAUGAGCUAAAGCUGUACGCAACCUCAUGGAUCUAGACAAGCAAGAAGGUAGAAAGCGGUAAUUCUAAAGGCAUCUCGUGGAUCAUGACACCUCUUUUCUCUUCUGCCCCUCUGAUUCAAAUAACCACUCCUGUUCUAGUCAGUUGAGUUGAUAAGCAUGGCCUUUGAUAGCCAUGGCCAUUGCUAGACUUGGUGGCCAAGUUGGUGUGUUCAAGAUAGUUAGGCAAGCGAGCACCCAAAACACUAGGGCAAAUGGUGGAGGCUUUGACAAAGGUGAGAAGCCAGGGGGAAGCCAUCUCAUCACCUACAACACGACAGAAUGAUGAGUUUUUGGACCAUCCUCUUGUGUGGGAUCUAGAUGUCUAGAUCCCAUCACAAAUCUACCACAGAAGAGACAGGUGUUGUUUCCUUUGUAAGAACAGGAGGCCUCGUCACGAAAAGAACUUCUCAAAGGCCCAGUAUGAUAGAAGUAUUCUAAACAGAGAAAUUCUACAUUAAAACCAUCAGUGGAAGCACAAAGGUGAAGUCAAGAACUCAUUGUUUCCCAAUUGGGAUAACGGGAAAGCCAUCUAAUUUAUGAACGAAAAGGAAGCCUUGUUUCGAAGUUAAGCUGCACAAAUUUCAAGCAAGAGGACUACGCCGAGAGGUCGCAGCAGAGCCUAUGACUUGCAAGAGCCACCCAGUCGUGAGCGGCGCCGGCGUCUGCGCCACCUGCCUCCGUGAGCGCCUGAACUCCGUAGCCGCCGACACAGAGCAUUUAGAGGAGCCAGAUCCUAUCCCUUGCUCCGCCCCCUCCUCCGCCUCCGCUGGCCUGGCGCGGCUCUCCCUUCUCUGGGCCUUCUUCGGCCGCCUCGACCACAACCACGGUCGCAGAGGAGACGGCGGAGAGGGGAAGACGCACAAGUUUCGCAACUCCACCUCCUGGCUCUCCUCCCUCCUGAACCGCCGCCGCCGGAAGAAAAAGCUCCCCGGUCCUGUCUCCGCCGACUCUGCCGCCGCCGUUGUGUCGAGCCGGGGAAUGACGCCAGAAGACCAUUCUACGAGAUUCCCGAAUCCUCCGAUGUCACAUAUGAUGAGGGCAGUAGCGGGCUCCGACUUGGUGAUUUCGCCGGAAAGCGGGCGUCCCGACGACGAUUCUCCGCGGCCGCUUCCGUCCCAUACGAAGAGAACGAAGUCCGAAUCGUACCGGGGAAUGUCUCCACGAAGGGGGUCCGAAUCCUCCGCUCCUCCUUGGCUCAUGAAGCCGCUUCCGGCGAGGCGUUCAGCGACGGAUCGCCCCGGCGGCGAACUGGCUGGUUUCGCCCUCUGCUUCCGCCCGCUGGUAACUGCGAGCCCGGCUCGGCAGAAUUUUCAGAUAGCGGGGGUCGGAUUCUCCGGCGCCACAAUUAGAGUCUCGCCGCUCGGGCCGCUCCAGCGCCGCCGCGCGUCGACCGGGGGCGGAAUGCCCCGCCACUACGGUGCCAUUGAGUUCGAGUGAGUUACACGCUGGUCAACUCAUAUAGAAAAUUUUCAUUCCACCUCAAAAACGUUUUCAAUUCCAAUAAGAGUCCUGUAACUUUUGUUUUCUGGCUUUUCCCUUCAUAAUGCUAUAA